UCAGCUUUUUGAGUAACACUAUUUCGCAGUCAUGUCGGUGCUGAAGUCAGAGCGCUCAGUGUUAGAGUAGUCAAAUUUCUGUUUGAAAUAACCUGGUCUUAAUUUUGUUAAUAAGAGAAACAUAUUUGAGAUUAUAUGUUUGAGACAGGAGGAGUGUUGGUUCCGGUAUCGAUUUAUUUAAAGGUAAAGUAAGUUUGUCACAGACUUCUUCCUCUGGCUUUGCUCUUCUCAACAGUUCUCGUUAGCUAACGUAAUGCAGGUUAGCAGAGAUAGUAAAUUAAUUAUUAUUGUUACUAUAGUUAUUGUUGUUAUUAUUAUUAUUAGGAAGAGAGCACAGGUAUGUUGGAUAAAGUAUAACAAAUAUCGAGGACGCUGUAGUUCAAGUAGACACAGAGGCUGUCUCAGGGUUCAACACUUCAGUGGAACGAAAGGUCCUCGUUAUAUUUGAGUUUAAAUCAAUGCCUGUAAUGUUAACUCUACAGCAGCUUGUCAACGAACUAUUAUCUGCUCAAGUCGCUUCUUCAAGUUGAUGAUUUUGUGGGACAACACAUUUCUUCCACAAGUCAAAGAUUAUGGUGUGCAUGAUUAUCCCUCAUCCUCUGUGUCUGUUUCUUUCUCAGUUUUUUGUUUGAGCCAUGGCAUCACUGUCAGAGGAGGUGCUGCUGGUGGUGAAAAGAGUUCGCCAGAAGAAGCAGGAUGGCACACUAUAUCUGAUGGCUGAACGGAUAGCCUGGAGCCCUGAGGGCAAAGACCGCUUCACAGUCAGCCACUUGUACGCAGAUAUUCGCUGUGAGUGUCCAGCACCAUCAAACACCAAGCAGCAGUGAUAUUGUUGUGUGUUUGUGUCACGCUUAUGCGAGUGUGUUUCCUUUCCAGGUCAGAAGAUAAGUCCAGAUGGUAAAGCCAAAAUUCAGCUGCAGCUGAUCCUUCACACUGGGGAGAGUACCACAUUCCACUUUGCCAAUGAAACCACAGCACUGAAAGACAGAGAGGUUGCUAAAGAGCUGCUGCAGCAGCUUCUGCCCAAGUUUAAAAAGAAAGCAAACAAGGAGCUGGAGGAGAAAAACAGGUUAGUAAAAAUGAUCACUCAAGACUUUUCUUUAAGACUACAUCUAAUGAACCUUACAGACCCAACAACCAAAUCAUCCAUGUAGUCUGUACUAGGGCCUGACCGAUAUGGAUUUUUUGGGGCCAAUGCCGAUACCGAUUAUUAGGGGGAUCCGAUUACCGAUUAAUCAACCGAUUUUUCAAAAUUUGUAAAAAAUACUGUAGGAUACUGCUCUUCACGCCGACAGGAAGACCGACUGAUCAAACUCGACCAGAAAAGCGUUUUAACUACCGCCGCCGAUCGGUGCCUCCUCGUCUUAACUCACAUUACUCAUUUCCGGUCCGGUCUCAUCUUGAGACAUGCGGCUGCCUCAGUAAGAGAAGUAACUCGAUCACGUAAUGUGUUCUGUUGUUUAUUCUUCCGUUACUGGCACGGCUAACAGUGUAGCAAGGCUAAUAGCAGAUGGCUAACUCUAACUUUAGCUUGCAUAUUACAUGGUGCUUCACCGUUACCUCGGUGUGAGCGAGACCAGCACAGCGGGGAACAUCGUGAAGUGGGUUGAACUGAAACUUGUUGACUUAUUGUGUAUUUCACAAACUGGUUUAUUUACCGUUGAGUCGGACCACUCUCCUCCAUCCCUGUGUCUGCCUGCUUCAGAUCCGUCACUCUGCUGUGCUGUGAGGUAGUUAGUGGAUGAAGAUUGUCAUGAGGUCACUGCGCCAUCUACAGGAUAAGUCGGGGAACUUUUCAAAUGGUGGAACAUUUUCGAAGCUAAACCGAAUCUUAUUCUCCGCAUUUUAUUUCUGAAAAUAUCGGCAAAAAUCGGCAAGUUUUGGCCGAUUACCGAUUAGUCUCAAACGGGCUAAAACUGAUCCAUUUAAUCGACUCGCUGAUAAAUCGGUCAGGCCCUAGUCUGUAUUAUAAGCUAGUCCAUCUUGAUAGAUCCCAGUUGUGUCCAAAUGCUCAGUUAAUAUGCUAUUCAGCCACACCUUUGCACUAUGUUUCUUUAUUGUCCGAUAUUGUAAAACUAUUGUAAAACUUAUAUAUAUAUAUAAUCUUAAAUUUUUUGUACCAACAGCCAUCAGACUUUAUAACGCUUGUGUAAAUAGUUGAUAACUUUUAGAGACAUGUCAAAUGAGACAACAGACAAUUGAAUUUCCCUUCAGGGAUUAAUAAAGUUCUUCUUAUUCUUAUUUUCUGAUGGUUCCACAACCAUCAUUCUGUUGCAUGAAUUACUCGUUUGAGCUCAAAACCAGCUCACGACAAAGAAGUGUAUUCCUGUUAUAGCAAUAUGAAGUUACAGGAAAACUUUUUGAAUUUACCCUUUUGGGUUUUUUGUUUGUUUGUUUUGAUAGUGUACUUGCAACAUUUGUUUAAAAAUUUGUAUGGGCAGGACUAUUCAACGGUAAUGGUUUAAGUCUGCUACCCUAUAUGCUGAUUUAUGUGGAUGUUACAUAAGUUUUACAAGAGCUGCAUCAGUUUCUUCAUCAGCUGCUAUCAAAUUUAUACCCUAUUGAUGGUUAAUUAAUCAUUUCAAAUAUGAUAAGAUGUAUCUUGAAAGAAAAGGUUCAAAAUUUGUGACUCCUCGAGUUGUUGAGAAGAAAUCGACCACCUACUGGUUAAAAUAUUUUUAACGAUUCUGUUUUAAUUUUAACUGUAGGAUGCUUCAAGAAGAUCCAGUGCUUUUCCAGCUAUAUAAAGAUCUUGUUGUGAGCCAAGUGAUUAGUGCUGACGAAUUCUGGGCCAACCGGUUUGGAGACUUAAACAACUCAGACCCUGCACUGAACAACAACAACAAACAGGAAGUCGGUAUAUCUGGAGCCUUUCUGGUGAGUACAUCAUAUCCAGCAUAUUUAGAUCUUUUACUUUGCUGCACCCUAGCAAUGACAACUUCAAACUUGCAGGAGUCAAAAAUUAACAAACUCUAUUCAUGCUCUACAGGCUGACAUUAGACCUCAGACAGAUGGCUGCAAUGGCUUGAGAUAUAAUCUGACAGCUGAUAUUAUUGAAUCCAUCUUCAGAACCUACCCUGCAGGUAACCAGCUGCGUCUUAAUUCUGAAGUUAGAUAAGGCAUUGCAAGUACUGUGUCUAACUUGUUUUUUGAUAUGCAAGAACUGCUUUAUGAAAUCAGCUGCUUUACUUUGAUCUUAACAGUGUUGUGCAAUAUUUUUUUAUCUCUGUGAUCUUAACUAUUCAACCUUUUGUUCUUGUACCAACUUUGUCCUAUUUGCAGUGAAACAGAAGUAUAAUGAAAAUGUGCCUCACAAUCUGACAGAGAAGGAGUUCUGGACUCGUUUUUUCCAGUCCCAUUAUUUUCACAGAGACCGCAUCAACACAGGAACACAGGAUAUCUUCUCAGAGUGUGCCAAGCAGGAUGAAAAAGGUAGUUUGAAUACAAUUUUAGCUGUGAUUCUCUUUUUAAGGCCUCACAGUCUUUCUAUUCUUUUUAUCACAACAAGGCUCAAAUCUGUUUUCAUACACAAAAGCAUAAAGUCUGUCUCAUGCAGGGUUAAAAUCCAUGGUGGUUCAGGGGGUAAAAAAUCCUUUGGUAGACCUCAUGUCUCUGGAAGAUAAAACACUUGACGAGGUGAGAUUUGAUGAGAUUAUCCAAAAAUGACUCUGUAAAAUUCUAUUUCCUCUAAGACCUGUUUUUUGUUUUUAUGAUACAGGGCUAUGGUGUUGCUACAACUCCAGCCACAACCUCAACCUCAAACAGGACGGUGAAGGAGAGUAGCAACGCUGCCAUCAUAAAACGCUUCAACCAUCACAGUGCUAUGGUUCUAGCUGCAGGCUCACGCAAGGGGUAAAGAUUUCUUGCUGAGUGUGAUCGCACUUGCUUGGUGUGUUCAUGUUUUUGCUAACUGUAUUUUUUCAUAAAAGGGAAGCGCCAACUGACCAAGCAAGUGAGACAAGCAGCACAGAUGGAAAUUCAAGAGAUUCUGACUUCUUUCAGCCUCCAGUAAAGAAGGUGUGGUGAUGGUGAUUGAACUUUUACAGUUUUCCUGAAACAUGAAAGCUCUUCUGUUCCACCAUGGUUAAUGUUGUCUGUCCUUUCUUAGGUUAAAUUACAAGAAGCCAUUGAAUAUGAAGACCUGCAAAGGGAGAACAGACCAAAAACAGUCGCGUUAAACCUCAAAAAGUCUGACAGGUAUGUUUAGUCUAUUUUAAAUUAUACUGAUUACUUCUACAUGAUGUUACUAAUGGGGUCCCCAAAGUCUGCGGUAGACCAUGAGGUCCUCAAAUCCCGCUGUCCAGGUGGGUAUUGAUUCCAGCUAUCACAUCCCGAAGAUUGUUGGACAGUUUUCCUGAGAAGAUAAAUCCGCCUAUUGCUUUCUAUACUCAAGUCUUCAUAAUCAAUAGUGGUGUGUAAUCUUGGCAAAAAAUAUAUAAUCGACCGUUAAUCAAUAAGAAAUUUUGAAAUUUUGAAAGUAUUUAUUUUAAUUUAUAACUUGUUUUAUUGAACAGUAAUACUGAAAAUAUAGUGAGUAACCAUUCAUAAACCUAUUAUGGACAAAAAUAAUGUUGUAAAGUAUGUUCUAAAAGUAGUGAUGAAUACAGCUUAAUUCAAAGUAUUUUGAGGCAUCUGUUUCCAAAAUUCAGUUGUGAAGAAAUUGCUUAGAGGCACAUGGGUUGUAGUUGAGUCACACUUCCUUGGAGCAGAAUAUGCCCUUUUGAACCUUGAGCAAAUAUAUUCAAUUUUAUAGUCAGAUUUAUCACUUUUGUUGUUAAAGUUCCACCUGUUGGUCAUCAUUCAAUAUCUGACUGUUGUGACGGCAUGUAACUAUAAAUGAGCCAAAUCUAACAGGGGAAAUGAUCACUUCCUAUUUUGAAGCCGUCUUUAUUGACUGAUCAACUGGAAUAUUUAAAGCUUGAAAAAGUUUCCAGGAGUAAAUUAUUGAAAAAUUUCCAGUGUACUUGGGGUCACAUUUAUGCUAACACUCUAAUAUGUUUCCAAAACAUCCAUAUUGUAGAUAUGCUCAUGGUCCUGUGCCACUUCAGUCCCAGCAGUAUUCGACAAGCCAGGACAUCAUCAACUCUGUCAACUACAUCCGGCAUGAGAUGGUCAACUACAAACCAAAUCUCAUUCAGGUAUAAUUACCUACAGUGUAUUUCUCUUACACUAUUAUAUUCUGUCAAAAACUCUGUAUCGAUAUUCCAGCCAAAGACAACAAAAUCUGAAUAACAAACACAUACCCAGUUGUAAUCAGUCGGCAUAGAAACACCAUACGAUUUAUGUGAUUAACACAAGAUGAUUUCACAACUGAGAUAUUUGUUCCCUAGUCAAAAGGUUUAGAUUGUGCUAAAUUAGGAUCUCCUGACCCCAUAGUCUUGGAAAUAUAUCCAAUACCUUAUGUAUUAAGAUGCACUCAUGAAUAUUUGAUUUAAAAUUGACUGCAUAUCCUGACAGUAAUAUUUGAAAAUAUUUAUACGACAAAAUCUACAGUUCAGAGUUAGAGUUGUUCUGAAAUGUCUGGAGUGUUAACAUUACUCAAUCUAUGAAUGAAGCUCCCAAACAGUUGUAUACUCUGUGCAGGUGUUGUCAAGCACUGCAGCUACUUCUGCCAUAGCAGCACUUUCUCCAGGAGGCGUCCUAAUGCAGGCAGGAGCACAACAAGCCAUAAAUCGUAAGUGUGUUGCACGAUGUCCAAAAAGUAUUACUUUUUUCUGUUAUGAGUUAGUGGAUCAGAAAGUUAACCAUCAUUUUACCUUUGUGAGAGUUGGAGACAGAUCUGUGCAGAGUAUCAGUUUUUACAGGCAUGUUGUUGACAAAUUAACAUACAACACUGAAAUCCAUAACUUUGGUGGAGUGAUACACAUAGAUAAUUAUAGGUCCUCAUUUUUAUUCUUUUAUUUGUUUGUACCAGUCACUCUUUCAUUCAUCUUCUAUGGUUUUCCUUUCAGAGAUGGUACCUACUGAUGUUCAAGGAGAGUUGAAGCACCUAUAUGCAGCUGCUGGAGAGUUAUUGAGACAUUUCUGGUCUUGUUUUCCAGUGAACACACCGUUUUUAGAGGAGAAGGUGACUGAUAUUUACUGCACUAAAUGGAGGACACAUUACUGUUUACUCCCUGAGAAUAACACUCGCUGAAAACCUUUCUCAUCAGUAUAAAUUAACCUCCAGUUUUGAUUGAACAUCAUUUAUUCUCUGUCUUUCUCACAGAUUCUCAAUUCUGUUAUUACUAAAUUUUCUGUUUUUCUAAAGGUGAUCAAGAUGAAGUCAAACCUUGAAAGAUUUCAGAUGGCCAAACUUCGUCCUUUUCAGGAGAAGAUUCAGCGUCAGUACCUAAGUACAAAUGUACGUUUCUAAGCUGUCAGUAAUGACGCUGUGACUUCUAACCAGUGGCACUUGUACUAAAAUCUGUCUCUUUGAUGACCCCACAGCUUACAGGGCAUUUGGAGGAAAUGUUUCAGACAGCCUACAACAAGUUUCACAUCUGGCAAACCCGCCGCAUGAUGAGGAAAACCUGAGGUCUGAUGCUUUGUCAAAAAUAGAGGGCAGGAAAGACAUUUAAGUGUUUGGCCAGAUAGCCUGUGAACCCCUGCCAGACUGCUGUGACGAGAUUACAGCUGCAGAGACACGAUUCACAGUGGGCUUGACGUGGAUAUACAGUAGAUGAAUGCUGCUACAUCCCUUAACUGUUCAACGGAGACUGAACAGCAUCUCAGUCACAGAUAACUGUAAUUAGUUUCUUUCUCAAUUGUUUUUUUUCUCUGUGGUUGGGAGAUGCUAUCAGUGAAAUGGGACUUAAAAGUGUUGUAAUAUGACCAAAAUUCAGAUGGCAGAUCAGAAGAGAUACUCAGGACAACUGGCUUUGGUUUGAGAUGAAACAGAGAGCUGCCAAGAAACAUUUUUAGUGUUGCACAGUGAACAGGAAGAUCUUGGACACACGAGGAGCGCCUAUUCAGCACUGGGUCCAUUUGUGGAACUAAGAGAGAGUGAAUAAAGCAAUAUUGUAAAGACGUUUUACACUUGAGUGCAUUAGUGUGUGGCUCUGUUCACACUCACAGGUUUAAUGUCUGCACUCCUGGUCUGCACUGAAGAUAAAAAUGUUAUUCUGACUUUAAGUGAGUAAUAAAGCUAUGUCGAAUAAAACGGUCCUACUUUCAUGAAUUCUGUA